CUGGAUUCGGAGUCGGACACGGCGAGGGAAAAACCUGAAACACGCCACGCGUUUCGGAUGUUGAGUAUCAAGUCGGGAUGAUGAAUAAUAAUUCGCAUAGAGCGCUUCAAACGGUGUAUCGACUUUCGGCCCAAGUGACGUCCGUCCGUUUUCCGCCCGGUCCAAAUCGAUAUCCCCCUCUGAUCUUUUUCUAGUCUCUUCUCUUCCACAACUUCUUUUCUUCUCUCGUGUUCUUUUAUUGUACAUAUUCGCUUGUCACUCUUGUCCAUAUAUAUCUCUUUCAGUUGUCGAGCACUUCCGAUCCCCUUCCGAUAGACAGACACCCUCCGACACAAACGAUGAUUGCUGAACAUCAACCUACGUGAACAGCCUCAGGAUAAGCCUCGACUCGCGCAUCGAUGAUUACGGAUAUGGAUACCCAAAAUCUCACCGCGCGGUCGUUUGCCCCCGGCCAUCACGAACAGGUUCUACCCAUGCUAGCCAAGCCCGCUGCGUGGGCUAGUCCGACUACAACUCCUCCUAGUACUACUACACCUCCGACAACAAGUCCUACACCCCCAUCCACAGCAUCCUCCACAGCAAACACGUCGAAUAUCGCAGGCGCAUCGCCAGAACAAAACCCAAGCCCCCCACCAGCAACUACCGGUACAACCGGCACCACCCAAAACCCCAACGCCAUCUCCAAACUGCGCAAACCUCGCAAAGCCAAUAAUGCAGGCGGCCGCCCAAGCUCAACGCUCUUCUGGGUCCAUACGGACCCCCAGUCUGCCUCCGAGGGCACGCGCGAGGAAACCCUGAAACGGAUCCGAUCGCACGUCAUGUCCGAGCAUAAUCGCAAGAAGCGCGAGAAUACGAAGCGGUAUAGCAGUAGCAAGACGUGGAAGCAUUUGGCGUUUCAGCCCGUUGAGACGACGGCUACGGCGGCUGUGGGGGGUGGGGGUGGGGGUGGGAAGGCGAGUCGGUCCCCUCCUGCGCGUGGGAAGAGUUCGCCUGGUGCGAAACGGACGAGUCCAACUGCGACGACAACGGAGAAAGUGGAUAGUCCGGGGUCGCAGGAUGAGGUCGCGAAUGCGAUUGUGAAGGAUGCUAAGGAUUUCGUGGCUGUGCAGCCAUGGGCGUAUGUUGGACAAGGUGCUAAAGAUCCGUUCAGCAUGACGCAUACGCCACUGUCAGAUCGCAUGUUCCGUCAUCUUAAAAAUUUCCUCACCAAUUUGACCCACCAAGCAUAUCCACUACAACACCGCUCAGGGCCCAAACUUGAGGCGCACUGGGCGUCGUUAGUACGGGACGACCCGGCAUCGUUGCAUGCGAGUAUAUGCGUUGCGGCGUCGAGCACGGCCCUGCAGACGGGGGAAUUUCCUAUAAUUGACCCAAGCAAACAAGCCUCAAGUGCAUUGGUUAUCGAUGCUUUUCAUCAUCGGGGAGAGACUAUUCGACUGGUGAAUGAGGGGUUGUCGGAUCCGAUCAAGGCAGCUAGUGAUGAGUUGAUUGCCGCGGUUUCGAUUUUACUUACUAUCGAGAUUGCAUCCGGAAACCCCGACUAUGUCAAAAUCCAUCUCGCAGGACUGCGACAGAUGGUCGCGCUACGAAGUAGCUUUGCCGAUGUUCCACCUGACGUCCGGUUCCAGAUCUCAUGGACCGACAUCCGCGUAGCCUGCAUGGCAUUCACAAAACCCAUCUUCCCAUUCCUCCGCUCCCCCCGCCCAACAACCUUCUCCGUAAUCCCCCCAACCGACGAAAUCUCCCUCCUCGCCUCCCGCUUCAUCUCCCUAAUCGAAACCUCCCCGGGCACCUUCAGCCCCGAAAUGUGCAGCACAAUCUACGACCUCCGCGAACUAACUUGGUACGCGGAAUGGAUCAAAGGCCCACAGUCCCAAUCCCACAACUUCACCGACGAAACAGAAGACUACUUCAACAACGAAGUUCUGCACGUGGAAUAUUCCCUCCACCGCGACCGCUACACACUAUCCGGCCAAGCAAAAGGCGACGCGUCCCUCGAGGGCUGCGUCCGUCUCGCCUGCCUCUUAUUCCACAACACCGCCAUCUGGGACUUUUACCCAAUGAUGGGGCCCGUCUUCAACAAACCCAUCGCCGCGCUCCGAAUGGCUCUCGAAUCCACCAUCGCCGCAGGCUACUACCACACCCCUUCCCCUUCCCCUGGCAACGGUCAAGAGCGCGGCAAAGGAAAAGAAGACCUCCUGAUAUGGCUACUCUUCAUCGGCGCAUGCAGCAGCCAGAUCCUGCCCAGCGAACGGUCGUUUUUCAUUAACGGUCUCGCGGCCGCAGUUAGGAUGGAGGGGAUUAGCACGUGGCAGGAGCUGAGAGGGCUGUUGAUGCGGUUUUAUUACGUGGAUCGUAAGUAUUUGGGGGUUUUGAGGAGCGUUUGGGAUGAGAUUAUGAGUAUGAGUAUGAGUUAUGACCCGGUCGUGUAGUCUGUUGUACAUCCUUUGUACGGAGUACAUACGGAGCGCGCAGUAUAUAGAUAAUCGUAAAUAUACAUAUUUAAUGACUAUAUCUUUCUCUGUC